UAACGGCCACACAUUCGACAAGUUAAUUGACAAGUUCAGGCGUGCGUUGUUGCAUCACACACCCCGUAAGGCUCGUACGUCGCCGUCCUGAGUAAAUUUGAAUACGCCGGUUUGGCAACAACAUUUCGUCACGCAAUUGUUCAAAUAGCAGGCAAAUAAAAACGUUGUUUCUUGGAGAUUUAAUUGUCCAGUUUCGAGUUAAACUGUUCUGCUAACUUGCUCGCCUGUUGUCGCUUCCCAGGAGCGGCACAACGGCCGGUUGCAUAAAAAAGUGCGGUUUGCUGUAAGUAAGUGUCCUAUUCACGAACUGGACAUCGUCUCUGACUCUCCAGUAAUUAACAACACAGAUUUAUAAUUGACUGGCCCGGAUUACCAUUUACUAUGAUACCACUGAAAGCGCGUUUGGCCAAUCCACAGGACCUGCCGCGCAUUCGGAUGGACCAGGAACAAAUCCUCAUGGAGUUUUUCCGGAAAGAUAAAAACCCCCAAGUGGCCGAUAUCAAUAUUAUCGCGGCUGAACUAGGAUUGCAGCCGUAUCAAAUAAGGACAUGGUACCAACACCAACUGGCGUACUGGCGCUUGUCUCAAGGACUGCCGGCUAAUAACCGUAAAGUGUACGACAUACCGCAACCACGGACAGAUUUCGACGUAGCCGGCAGUGGAAAUUACUGGGAUCGCUCUAACAAAUUCAGCUGACACUUAUUCCAUACCAUUUUUUCAGUAUUAUUACUUGCAUUAAUGUUACGAUAUCACAGUAAUUACUUGUUAGUACCGGGGUGUUGAUAUUUGCCGGCAGGUUCUGGUGAUCUGAGAUCUCGAUCGAUGCUAGAUUAUUCCGCAAACAAAAAUCCUAAAUCUGUUCGCUAGCAUUUUUCUGUUCGCUAACGUACAAAUUUUAUGAAUAGAAGUUAUAUAGAUAUUUAUAUAUAUAGUUCUGUAUUGUGGAACUUCCGUGAAUUCAGUUAACGAUAAGUAACAGUACAUCGCGUACUGUAACUGUCUGUAAAUGUACACGAAUAUCUGGGUACAGUACUACGAGUAGCAUACUUUGUGCUGCAAUGUUUCCUAUAUGAUUAU